AAAGUAUCUCUGGCCYGAUCGGGGAUUUCUAUUGGAGAAGCAGUUUAGACAUCUUCAUACUAAAGCAUAUUUUUUGUCUACUCCGUUAUUUCUGGUCUGUGGACUCCAGUGGUGUUCUAGGACUGUACGAAGGGUCUUCAAAAGGAAUUUUAAAUCAUGUCUGAGGGGAUUGCGUCUGCCACAACUGUCACCCUGCUUUAAGGGUGUGGAGCGGCUUUCGACAUAGCCCAAGGCGAUGAUUGUGUGUGGACUAAAAACACGCUCCUGGCAGAUUUUGAUAAGGCUGCAGAGGAGGUGAAGCAACUGAAGGCUAAGCCAGCAGAUGCGGAGAUGCUCAGGGUCUACGCUCUGUUCAAACAGGCCAAAGUGGGCGACGUCAACACCACUCGUCCUGGGAUGCUGGAUUUCACUGGGAAAGCCAAGUGGGACGCCUGGGAGAAGGAGAAAGGGAAGAGCAAAGAGGAUGCCAGGAAGGAGUACAUUGCCUUGGUAGAGGAACUGAAAGGGAAGUACGGAGUCUAAUAAAUGACUGACUGACCGGGCUGACCGCUGGCAGUGUAGAACCUUGACCUCUGUGGUCAGCCCACACCUCGUCCCUGUGAGGUGCCUUAAUCCCAACGAGUAUGCCCUUUUCUACAAGACCUGGGGAAAAUGCAUAUGUCAAAUCCUUUGUAAUUCUAGCGGUGCACUUGGUUUAGCUGAAGUAACUUGGUUUAGCUGAGGUAUGUGCAAGGGUGGUUGGAGUUUGCAUUUGUUGGACUAUUCAAAUGGUUCCAUUGUACAGAACUACCUAAAUCAAGCACACUUCAAAUGACAUAUGCGUUUUACCCAGGAAUGUUUGCUACUGUGCAUUGCACUAAGAAUACAGGAGCAACAAGCCGCCGCUACGUACAGGGACAAACCGUCCUCCACCAUCAACUUCCUAGUGAAUGUUCUCAACUGGUUGUUCAGCCCACAACCUCCAUAAAGUUUACAUUUGUUUUAACUUU